ACCUCUGGCCCUUCUCUCUCGUCCGCUCCCGCAUCCUAGCGUGCUCGCCCGCUGCUCGCUCGCCUUCCUUCCCUUCGCGCUGGUCUUCCUUCUCACGCUGCCCGGCGACUGUGGCGACCUGCAGGGACUCGGCGGCGGCGGCAGGGGGACAGUCGUCAUGGCCGCCUCUAAGCCCGUGGAGGCGGCGGCGGUGGUGGCGGCGGCCGCGCCGGGCUCCGGGAACGGAGUGGGCGGCGGCGGGACCGCGGGCCCCGGCGCGGGCGCCCUGCCCCGAUGGCAACUGGCGCUGGCGGUCGGGGCGCCGCUGCUGCUGGGCGCGGGGGCCAUGUACCUGUGGAGCCGCCGGCGGAGGCGCAGGGAGGCCGGGGGCCGGGGCGACGCGGGCGGCGGCCUGAAGCGCAACAGCGAACGCAAGACCCCCGAGGGCAGGGCCAGCCCGGCGUUGGGCAGCGGACAUCCCGACGGCUCGGGUGCCCACUUGGAAAUGAACUCUCUUGAUAGAGCCCAAGCAGCCAAAAACAAAGGCAAUAAAUAUUUUAAAGCAGGAAAAUAUGAACAAGCCAUUCAGUGCUACACUGAGGCUAUUAGUUUGUGCCCUACUGAGAAGAAUGUCGAUCUGUCCACAUUUUAUCAGAACAGAGCUGCUGCCUUUGAACAGUUGCAAAAAUGGAAAGAGGUGGCACAAGAUUGUACAAAGGCUGUUGAACUUAAUCCCAAAUAUGUGAAAGCUCUCUUUAGACGUGCAAAAGCCCAUGAGAAGCUAGACAAUAAGAAGGAAUGUUUAGAAGAUGUUACUGCUGUUUGUAUAUUAGAAGGGUUUCAAAAUCAGCAAAGCAUGCUGUUAGCUGAUAAAGUUCUUAAACUUCUUGGGAAAGAAAAAGCCAAAGAAAAAUACAAGAAUCGUGAACCUCUGAUGCCAUCACCACAGUUCAUUAAAUCUUACUUCAGUUCUUUCACCGAUGAUAUAAUUUCUCAGCCCAUGCUUAAAGGAGAGAAGUCUGAUGAAGAUAAAGACAAGGAGGGGGAAGCUUUGGAAGUAAAAGAAAAUUCUGGAUACUUAAAAGCCAAACAGUAUAUGGAAGAAGAAAACUAUGAUAAAAUCAUAAGUGAAUGCUCAAAAGAAAUAGAUGCUCAAGGCAAAUACCUGGCAGAAGCCUUAUUACUACGAGCCACCUUCUACCUGCUUAUUGGCAAUGCCAAUGCAGCCAAGCCCGACUUAGAUAAGGUCAUCAGCUUGAAGGAAGCUAAUGUGAAGCUUCGAGCAAAUGCCCUCAUCAAAAGAGGCAGCAUGUACAUGCAGCAGCAGCAGCCUUUGCUGUCUACUCAGGACUUUAACAUGGCCGCUGACAUCGACCCUCAGAACGCAGAUGUUUAUCACCACCGAGGACAGCUGAAAAUACUGCUUGAUCUAGUAGAAGAAGCAGUAGCAGAUUUUGAUGAAUGUAUUAGAUUGAGACCUGAGUCUGCCCUGGCACAAGCUCAGAAAUGUUUUGCAUUGUAUCGCCAGGCAUAUACAGGAAACAAUUCUUCACAAAUCCAGGCAGCUAUGAAAGGUUUUGAAGAAGUCAUAAAGAAAUUUCCAAGGUGUGCUGAAGGCUAUGCACUAUAUGCACAGGCAUUAACAGAUCAACAACAAUUUGGUAAAGCUGAUGAAAUGUAUGAUAAAUGUAUUGAUUUGGAACCAGAUAAUGCCACAACUUAUGUUCAUAAAGGUUUACUUCAGCUUCAGUGGAAACAAGAUUUGGAUAAAGGUUUGGAGCUUAUCAGUAAAGCUAUUGAAAUUGACAAUAAAUGUGACUUUGCAUAUGAAACCAUGGGAACCAUUGAAGUGCAAAGAGGGAACAUGGAGAAAGCCAUUGACAUGUUCAACAAAGCUAUUAACCUGGCCAAAUCAGAAAUGGAGAUGGCCCAUCUGUAUUCACUUUGCGAUGCUGCUCAUGCCCAGACAGAAGUUGCAAAGAAAUAUGGAUUAAAACCCCCAACAUUAUAAAAUAAGGGGGAAAGAGACUGAUUCUCUUUUUAAAAGAAAUUUACCCCUUCCUCAACUGAACCCUGAAGACACUGUCAUGAACUGUGCUGAAUGGUGGAACUUAGUAUUCCCCUUUGUGAUUUUGUCAUUCAUUACAUCUGUUUCAUGUUUAGGUGUUGUGGGCUUGGCUGUUGAAGGAAGUUUGCAAUCUUGCAGCUUUUAUUCCCUGUACAACAAAAGCUUAGAACCUGUUAAAGGGAUGUUAAAAUAAAAUUGUAGAAUAUAAACAACAGUCAGCCAUGCAAAUAAAAACAUUGAUUUAUUGAUUUGUUUUUUUAUAUGAGGGUGGGGAUUGAUUGUGUUCUGCAUAAUUUUUGUUUUUAUAGACGUUUGUAUAAAAUCUGAGUGUUUUAUAGUAUGUUGGUCUUUCGCAUAGUGCUGUAAAAUAGACUUCUUUUAUAUUCAAUUCCUUUUAAUUUUUUUUUGAAGAGUGAAAACCUUAAGUGUGGAUUACAGUAAAAUUGAGAGACCCUUUUUUGUCAGCAUGUACUGUAGAAUUUUAGAAGUGUAAAGCCCACAGCAGCUGGUUUUCAUAGAGUAAAUUAUGCAGAAGCAAAUACUCUGGUUCAUAUGUGCAGGAAGACUGUUAGUGGGAGAGAACCAGGAAAAGAAGAGGAAAGAGAACUGUAUACUUGCUGAUGUCUGUUCCAUAGUAAGUACUACUAUUUAAUGGUAUACUUUUUAAAGAAGGGGGGGCGUUGUGUGUACAACCUAAACAAACAUGGAAUAAGUAUGAUAUAUGGUAAUAUUAGUUAAGUUUUCUAGUGAAGAAAAGGUUCAAUCAAAAAGGAUGUAAGUUCAGGAACUAGAGCAUAUUUUUUUUUAAAUAAGAAGUUUAGUGCUUUAGCCCAUAGCUACAUGUGCUUAAGGAAUUUUGAGCAUUUUCAGAGAUGCCCAAUACACAGAGUAAUUUUUAUAUUGAGGUAACACUGACCUCUAAGAACUAGGCCCAUGUCCAUGUCUUUCAGAUACUGACAGCUGAUUUUUGUUUUUUGUUGAUUUUUUUCUGUACCUCAUCUUUUUUUUUUUUUCUUUUUAAGGAAUCACUAACAUGUAUUUCCAGCUGUCACUUUUACAGACUGUCCUUUGCUUAUUUAUAUACUGAAUUUUUAUGGUGAGGGGAAUGAACGUCUUCUUAAAGAUCCCAAGAUCCAGGACAGGGAGUUUAUUUAUGUGAAAAGAAGAGCAAACCUCUGCCCACAUUUUUGUGGAGUAACUCUUAAUUACGAGUUUACAUUGUUGGGAGUAAGGAAUAUUUUACACUCUUUCAAAGGGUGCUUUAUCCUGUUGAAACCAAAAAGAUUUUGUCUACAAAUGCUCCCUUUUUAGAAACUUAGAAAUUACUCCCUUUGCAAAGUUAGUCAUUGGACAAUAUUGGCUAAGCCUCUGGCUAAUUUUAAUAGGGACAUUUAACAUGAUUUAAGAUGGUUGAAAUAACAAAGUUAGAGGGCUCUUCACUUUGUUCCUAAAUUAUUCUGUUAACCCCUUAAUACAGAAAUGUUCUACAUCUCUGAAUGUGACCACUUGCUUUAAAAAAAAAAAAAGUUUUAAUUUGCAUGGCUAACACAUUAAAACUGACAUUUUCUACUCUUCUCCCUUUUUUUCCUUUUGGGGUUGGGUAGGAAAAAAACAAAGCAUGUGCCAUUCAAUACUGUCAUUCCAAAUUCUCACAGACUUUUGCCUGUUGUGAAAAUAUUUGAGACUGCACUGAAAGCUGCAUCUGUCUGUAUCUCUUCUUUUGUAAAUGAACUCACAUGUAAAUUCACCAAAUAAAUACUACAUUCAA